CCUGAACUUUUCAAGACUGCUUCCGGGGCAAAACGCAAUUUACCUAAUUUACAUAAAAGUAGCGGCCGCCUCCCGUCUCCCGCCUCCAUCUCAUCGUCUUCUUCAUCUUCUUUUUCUUUCAACCUCUCGCCGGCGGCUAUUUCGACGAUCUCUGCCUCCGGCCGAAGCUCAAAGAAGUCAGGAUCUUUAUUAUAAAACAAUGAAGCAUAUCAUAAAAAUAAUUACAUUGCUGGUGGCCAUAUCCGCCUUUUGGAUAGGCCUCUUGCAGGCAUCUGUUAUUCCAAGCAGUCAUACUUGGUUGCUACCAAUAUAUUUUAUUGUGUCUCUAGGAUGCUAUGGUCUUUUAAUGGUUGGAGUUGGUCUCAUGCGAUUUCCAACUUGUCCUCAAGAAGCACUGCUGUUACAGCAGGACAUAGUGGAGGCCAAGGAUUUUCUGAAGCAAAAAGGUGUUGAUGUGGGUGGCAGCGAUUGACGCUAUGAGCAGAUGUCGGUUGUUUGGUGAUGUAGAAUUUCAUAUAAUGACAGGGCUUGUUGUGAACGUUUCUCAUUUUUUGAGUCGGCAAAUUUACUACCACCUGAUUGAAAAUUGGAAUUUGGGAAAGAUGUGGUGGAUUAGGCAGUAAAAUCCUUUCGGGUGUUUCCAACUUUUUACAGUAAAUAUACAUGUGAGGAGAAAAUUUGACUGA